UUUUUAUUAUUUAUUUUUUAUAUUUUAAUAUUUUUCUUCUUUUCUAACAGAUAUUAAACACGCCAUUUACUUGAAAUUAGCUAGUACAGCAACCAUUAUAAAUGAAUUCCCAGUCCAACGAGUACUUCGAGGCCGGGAUGGCGAACCUAUCUUUGGGAAAUGGAACACCCAUGGCAACUCAACACACUCCUAACUUUUCGGGGGAAUGGGAUCAACAAGAUGAUGAGCCCCUUUAUCAGCAUCCUUCAGCCAGACCUUCCAAUUUCAUCAAACCAGCAGCCGCACAGUCUAAUAAAAGCAUUAUACCUCAGGAUAUGCAUGUCGUACAAGAUUUAUAUGAUAAUUAUUCGCAAAAAGUAUAUAUUGAGGGUUAUGUCUAUAAAAAGAACGACUUGACUGUAGAUGGAAAAUCCUUUGGUGAUCCCAAUUGGUCCAAAGUAUAUGCUGAACUUUGUGGGCCAGUGUUAACCCUUUGGGAUACAGAAUUCGAACAAGAUGAAAACGUUAUGCCCCAGUAUGUGAAUAUCACUGACUCGAAUGUCCAGCUUUUAGGUCGUUUAAACGAUAGAGAAAACGUGUUGUCACUCAACUCCGCUGGUGCAAAUAGAUAUUUUAUCGAUGUAUCAGAUCCGAAUACACUAGUGAAUUGGGUUUGCGCAUUAAGAUUAUCUUGCUUUGAAUGUUCAAGACUACAAGAAAUUUACACCAAAAUUUUCAUCAGCCGUUCCCUCUAUUCCGAUAUUUUAUCUAAACAGAUGAAUAAAAUGGAGGGUCUUGUUCAGGUUCGGUUUACUGGAACAACUGAAUGGCAAAAGCUUUGGGUUGUCGUAUCUGACAGAAAAGAAGAGAAAAAGUUAUUUGGCAAAAAAUCUGUCAAAUCAAAAGGACAAAUGACAUUCUACGAAUCUAAAAAGGCCAAAUCACCCAUCAUGACCAUGGUGAAUGUUGUCCAAGCCUAUACGAUAUUUCCUGAUUCUCCUCAGUUAAUCGAUCUGGCAACCAUGCUUAAAGUAGAAGGGUUUGAUGGUGAAUCACCUACUAGUGUAUCCAUCCAAGCUAGCACCCCUAAAGAACUAGUUCAAUGGAUUAUUGGUACAUUCGAUGCUUUUAAAUUAUACGGUAGACCUACCAAAUUGAUCGAUGAUUCCAACAAUAUAUCCGCACUCAAUUUUGGUGAACCAAUGAAUGGUUACGGUCUACCUCGCUUGUUUUUAGAAAUACCUGAAGUGAUUCAUUUAAAUUUUAAAGAUGAGACCCUAUUGGAUAACAAGGCUCAAUUUGCCGGUAUAUUACUUUCAAAGUUACAAUCUAUCCAGCAACAACACAUGAGUUAUCGUCAGUCUCAACAACCUAUGGGUCUUAUUAAUCAAAUUCCUUCUGGCCAACCUAUUUACAACAAUCAAUCUCCCGUUCGCCCAAAUUCACAAAGAAUAUCUACUAUACCUGGAUAUCCUAAUCAACAACAAGGUAGAUCUCCCAUAAAUAGUAUACAUAGCCAACAACAAUCCCAACGUAUGAAUCCUGCCUCUGGCCGGGUUAUAUACGCCAGUGAUGAAGAUAGUGAAGAGGACGAGGACGAGGAUGAUGAUGAUGAAAGCGAUCAUGAUUCCGUAUACAAACCACAAAAGCACCCAACGAGAGAAAGCUUAUCAUUGCCCACCAUGUCAACAGAAGAUGACGGAUUUGCUAGCAGUAUAUUAGGCAAUAUUGAGAAAAAGAGUGUUUCAUCAUCUACAAAGCAAGCAACUGAAUCCAUUCAUUCUUCAAAUACAAGUUUGCCUGCCCCAAUUACUUCCCCGGUUUCUGUGCCAAAAGAAAAACCUUCCGUGAGUGAAGACGAAUUUGGAUUAUCCGGCAGUGAAGAUGAGGCGCCUCGUGUACCAACCACACCAGUGGCCAGAAGACCCAAACCUAAAAUGGCAGCAACCCAAGUUAGUAUAAGUGGAUCUGAUGACGAUGAUGAUGAAGAAGAAGAAGACGAUGAUGAUGAUGAAGAAAAUAGCUUUUCAGGGAGUGAUGACGAUAUACCAAUUCAUCAACAAGGAGGCAGACAUCCUUCUCAGGGUCAACAACAGCAACAACAAUAUAAUGGUUACCCAUAUGACGAUUACGGAAAUCCCCAAAUGCACCCUCAAUGGGAGCCGGGCAUGGCACCUGAUAUGUAUCAUGAAGCUUAUUUUGACGAGGACGGCUAUCCUAUCAUUGAUGAAGAUGGACCCAUCAUUCCUUCAUUAGGUGAUAGAUUUGCUACACAAAAUUCCUUGUUGGAUAGUUAUAGGCCAGAUCGCCCUUCUGCUCAUGACCAGGAGGGUUAUGCUAGGGCAACAGGGCAGCCUCUUAUACAGGUACCCAACAAACCACCAGAGCCUCGUGCUGGUUUGGUAGGCAUGAUUUCUCAAAUUGAGAAUGAAAAGAAACAUAAGGAAACAAAUAAGAAUCGCUUUGCCUCAGAUUUAGACAAAAUGGAUCGUGACAGGGAUAGGUUUAUGAUGGACCAGAGAUCAUCCAUGAUGCCAAUGAUGAACCAGUCUAUGAUGGGCCAGCCUAUGAUGGAUCCCCGUAUGAUGAUGAAUAUGCAAAUGAUGGGUGGCCAAAUGCCAAUGAUGAUGGAUCCACGUAUAUCAAUGAUGUAUCCAGGUAUGAUGCAACAGAAUCCCGCCAUGAUGCAACAGAACCCUGCCAUGAUGCAGCAAAAUCCUUCCAUGAUGAAUAUGCAAAUGAUGCCACCUAUGAUGGACCCUCGCAUGUCCAUGAUGAUGAUGCAACAACAAUACGGCCAAUAUCCGAUGUGGAAUCAACAACAAGCCAUGUAUGGUAAUCCUCGUUUUAAUGGUCAUAUUGAUGAAGAUGAUGACGAAGACGAUGAUGUCCCUCUUGGUGCAAAAGAAUCUCCCAUACCCCGUCAUACUUAAUAGCUCUUUUUUCUUCUUAAUAUAGUAUUUCUACUUGAGAUUGAGACGAUGUUAGUUUUUUUUUAAUCAAUCAAAAUUAAUUUUUAGACAAUCUAUUUACCUUUUUUAGACAAAAAGAAAAUAAAAUAUAGACAGAAAAGAAUUAGUGUUGAAGCUUAUAAGAUGGCUAUUCAGACAAUUUUGUUCUGGGGUGCACCUCUGUUUCUAUACCUUUACCAAUAGAUUGCGACAUAUGUUUUCAUACACACCUCUCCUUUACGCCUCCAC